AUGGUGGAGAAUUCAGAGACGGUUGCAACUCUGAAACAAAAGAUUUGUGAAUUAGAGAAAAUUCCAACAGAUUGGCAAGAACUUACUCUUGAGCCAAAAGUUUCAGAUACGCUAUCUACAAAAGAAGAUGAAUCAGUUUUAAAGUCUCUUUCAACUGAGGAAACCAAUCUGGAAGACACUAAAACUAUGUCCUAUUACAACAUCGAGGAGCUGCAGAUAAUAUCUCUGGAUAUUCGUAUGCAUACCUUAAAUGAAGAAACUGCAAUGAAAGUGUAUAUCCGUAGACCAAAUCGUCCACACAAUCGUGUAGACCAUUUAGCUUUCUAUGUGGAGAGUUGGUGGACAAUUCGUUUUGUGAAGGUCCUUCUGCGAUACUUCUGUGUGAUGGAUAAGAAGAUUGUGUUGGAUGAGUCCCAAACAUUAGAAUUUGAGAAGGAGAAGUUGAAUAAUAACAUGAAUACAAUUGCUGACUACAAUAUUCGAUUUGUGAACACCUAUCUUGGAUACUUGUGUCAGCUGGAUAAGAACAAAGUGUUGGAUGAGUUCCAAAGGUUAGAAUUCCAGGAGGAGGUGUUGGAUGAUGAGAUGACUAUUGCUGACUGCAAUAUUCGAAAUGAAGAUCAAUUGGAAAUUGUCACUGUAAAAAAUGUCGAUGAAAGGUUGUUCUGGUUCAUGCGAUUCUUCUUCUUGGUCAAGGGAUUCUCCGCUGCUCCUUAUCUCCGUUUUAAAAUCUAG